CAAAAUCCAGUCUGCCAAAAAGAAACAAGCUUUACAAAGAAGUUUUCGACUCCUUAUAGUUUGUCUCUGUCACUUUCUCUGUACAUGAAUUAUUAAUUUGAUAAGCAGGCAGGGCACACUUGUGAAGAGGGUCAAAUAUCUGUGGUUGAAAAUCGCAGAUUGCGAUUUCCCUCAUUGUUUUUCACGGGAUACAGUCGAUAGUUAGAUUUCUAUCUUUCUUUGCCUAUUGUCUUGGAGCUUCUUUUCAAAAUCUCCAUUUUUAACACCAAGGGUCUCAGCUUUAUUCUGUUUUCUCAUGGCUUCUUCAUCAAUGGGUUCUAUGUCUAGAUUUCUUCAUAAAGAUUGUAGUUUACAGUCCAAUACUACUACCCUUUGCAAAUCGGCAUCUCUUUUAUCUCCUAGAAGGGUUCAAAUCAAUUUUGAAAGUGGGAGAAGAGGGGUUUCAUUAUCAAGUGAAGGAAGGAGUUCAGUGAAAUGCAGUGUUCAGAGACCCAUUUCUCCUUUCUCAAUAACAAGCCCUUCAUUGAUUGCUAAAACUUCAGGGCGUCAGCAAGUAUUAUGUCAAGCUGAAGCAUCUGGCAGUGUUCCUGGUAGCACUCCUGAAUUAACUACAUAUGAACUUGUAGUUGAGAGGUUAACAACUCUUUUUCCCGUAUGGGUAAUACUAGGCACAGUUAUCGGUAUUUACAAGCCAUCAGCGGUUACUUGGCUACAAACAGACCUUUUCACUGUUGGCUUGGGUUUUCUUAUGCUUUCGAUGGGAUUGACAUUGAAAUUUGAUGAUUUCAGGCGGUGUUUGAGGAACCCGUGGACAGUAGGUGUAGGAUUUCUUGCACAGUACAUGAUUAAGCCCUUGUUAGGCUUCUUUAUUGCCAUGACUCUGAAACUUUCUGCUCCUCUAGCCACUGGUCUUAUUCUGGUUUCUUGCUGCCCUGGAGGACAAGCAUCAAAUGUGGCAACCUAUAUUUCCAAGGGAAAUGUGGCACUCUCAGUUCUUAUGACCACUUGUUCAACAGUUGGUGCUAUCAUGAUGACACCACUUCUUACUAAAGUUCUUGCUGGUCAGCUUGUUCCAGUAGAUGCAGCCGGUCUUGCAAUCAGCACUUUUCAGGUUGUUUUAGUGCCAACUAUUCUUGGAGUGUUGCUGAAUGAGUAUUUCCACAGCUUCACUCAGAAAAUUAUCACAAUCACACCACUAAUUGGGGUUAUCUUAACAACUUUACUAUGUGCGAGCCCGAUUGGUCAAGUUGCAGAAGUCUUGAAGACUCAAGGGGCACAACUUAUAGCUCCCGUGGCUCUCCUUCAUGCUGCUGCAUUUGCUAUUGGUUAUUGGAUUUCUAAAAUAAACUUUGGUGAAUCCACUUCUCGUACAAUCUCCAUAGAAUGUGGAAUGCAGAGCUCAGCACUUGGGUUUUUACUUGCACAAAAGCACUUUACAAAUCCCCUUGUUGCUGUUCCUUCUGCUGUCAGUGUUGUUUGCAUGGCGCUUGGUGGAAGCGCACUUGCUGUCUACUGGAGGAACCAACCAAUUCCAGCUGACGACAAGGAUGAUUUCAAGGAGUGAACCUGUCCACCGUUAACCUCUAAAACCAACUAAUUUAGGGUGUGUUAAAUCUCUUUUUUAUUUCGUUUCGUUUUAUAGGGGAGACGUAAAAUAGUAAGCUACUAGAAGUUUUUAGGAGAAUUUUGUGUGAUUGUCUCAUUUCUUGUUUCCUUCCCAUUUGAGUAUGCAGCAUCAAAAUUGUAUCAUCUUCGAAAUAAAGAGUAGUACUAUUAGAAUUAGUGAUUGCUAUAUUAAGGGGUUAUAAAAAGGUAGGUACUCUUCGAGUAAAUCUUUGAUUCAACUGAAUCCAAGUUUCAAAACA